AUGGCAGAACUUGAGGAAUUAAGGGCUCUGGUUCACGCCUCUCCGGUCUAUUAUCAGCAGUACCUGCUCGAUCGCCGGCGUAUACUCCUCAACUCCCUGGAGAAAACAUUGGGCCCGGUUAUCAUCGAAGCAUAUACGGUCCAUCGAUCUGGCACAGUUGAUCUCCUAGAGACGCGCAGCAAACAAACCGUCACUUCAAUCCUUGAGGUUUACAAGCGCCACAAGUUCCCAUCGAACAUUUCCAAGUUGAGUGAAAUGUGCACAACCGAUGAAAUUACGAGAAUGGUGGGGUUUCACUUGUUCAUCGUUACACCCAUUGCGCGUCGCUAUACUCAGUGGGCACUUGGGAAUCUUUCUGGAGAGGCAGGUGUAACCGGCAUCGUCAAGCCUACUAGUAAGGUAGAGGAGAUACGGACACUGCGCGCAUUGUAUCGCUUUCAGCUGUGCUGUAACCUUUUCGGUGCCAACCGCCAUGAAUCUCCACGCCGGAACCCCCCCGAAUUUAGUGCCCUAGAAGUCUUGAACUUAUGCAUAGCCUUGUUUGAACCCUGGGAAACAGAAGAAGUCUGCUGUAUCAAUACCUUUUUCAAGGAGAAGUACCACCAUAUAUUCCUAGAUAUCGUUUCAGAGAUCAACCAGAACGACCUCAUCUCCGACGAGCAGCGGCCACCCACACCUGAAGGAGCAUUCCGAUUAGCAGACCAAUCAACAUGGGACAUCUAUAUUUCUGGAAUAAUUUCUUACGGUCUUCCUCUACUGCAUACCGUCUUCUACAGGAUUGAGAACCGCGCACACCUUGUCUCAACAAUCGAAGAACAUAUGAAAACCCCACCGAACGGUUUUUUCCUGGAAGGAGAAUGGGGAGACGUCAUGAACGACGAUGCACACUAUGAUCGACUUCGCGAAGGCCUGUCUGAACGAGAUCGGAAGCAGAAUAGAGGCGACCCACUUCCUUUCCAAGGGGACGAAAUACUGGACCCGACCGGGACACACCCACCGCUUGCGUGGACUCUGAUGUGGAAAGGAACCUACAGUAACCUGUUUGGCGGAUUUAUCGAUGAUAGCCUUCGUCGCUGGGGAUAUGUUACGUGGGAUGCGGAGAGGAUCCGACGCGCAGGCGCCGAAGAAGUCUUGAAGAGGCAGCUGCUGUUGGUGGACGGGGAACGGUACUUUGAGAUCGAGGAGAUGGGAACCAAAGAUUUCACUUGGGUGAACUCAGUCCGGAUCUUGGCUUCUUAUCCCUAUAUCAUAUCCUGCUGGUUUCAAACGGGGACGUUCAGGCGAGCCGACCCUGAAAACGCAGUGUCCAAACCCAGCUUCCUCACCAAGCUCCUAGGCAAAGCUGGUCAGUACAAACGAACAUGGAAUACUGGAAACAACAGCUGCGUCUUGGCCGCUACCCGCAAACAUCACUCAACGGCAGCCAUGCAACGGCGACUAUGCACGACGAAGCUGGAAGCACCACUGAACUAG